UGAGUGUCUGAAGCCGUUGGCUGCUCCUGAACCGUUUGGCUCUUUCUCCACUAGCAUACAGCCCCACAAUGCUCCUCAGUCUCUCUUAAAUGCAAUUUUUAACAGAUUUUCGCGAACAUUUUUAACCGUGUGUUGUAACCGGACAUUUAUAUGGGAAUUUAACAAGCGGAUCGUCGUUGAAGAGUGGGCUUAUAACGCUUUGUUUUAGCCCUAUUUAAAGAAAUAGCCGUGGAGGAGGAAAUUCCACACAGGCAACACAGCAACACAGAAGGCACCCCUUGUGUGAUCCGGAUAUUAAAAGUGUAUUGAUUGACAAUAAUUCCUGCUUUCAACUUGUUGACGGCGAGCAUUCAAACCACACUUGGUCACAUGGUGCUAAGACUGUCGGACAGAACGCCUGUGCAACUUUUGAAUUGGGGUAAAAGAAUUGAUACUGUGGCCUGUGUCCUGUGUGCUGACCUCAUGGUGUAAGCAGGUGUAAAGAUGAGCAUAAGCAGCGAUGAGGUCAACUUCCUGGUGUACAGAUACCUGCAGGAGUCAGGGUUUUCCCACUCGGCCUUCACAUUUGGCAUAGAGAGCCACAUCAGCCAGUCCAACAUCAAUGGAGCGCUAGUGCCCCCUGCUGCCCUCAUCUCCAUCAUCCAGAAGGGCCUGCAGUAUGUGGAGGCAGAAGUCAGCAUCAAUGAGGACGGCACGCUGUUCGAUGGCCGGCCGAUCGAGUCGCUGUCGCUGAUCGACGCGGUGAUGCCCGACGUGGUGCAGACGCGCCAGCAGGCUUACCGGGACAAGCUGGCCCAGCAGCAGGCCGCCGCCACGCCCGCGCAACCCACCACCAACAUGCAGGCCAACGCCAAGAACGGAGAGAACACGGCCAACGGCGAGGAGAACGGAGCGCACACCCUAGCCAAUAAUCAUGCUGAUAUGAUGGAAGUGGAUGGGGAUGUGGAGAUCCCUCAGAACAAGGCCAUGGUGCUGCGUGGUCACGAGUCCGAAGUGUUCAUCUGCGCCUGGAACCCCGUCAGCGACUUGCUGGCCUCAGGGUCUGGGGACUCGACGGCGCGCAUCUGGAACCUGAGUGAGAACAGCACCAGUAGCUCCACUCAGCUGGUGCUGCGCCACUGCAUACGGGAGGGCGGCCAGGACGUGCCCAGCAACAAAGACGUCACGUCGUUAGACUGGAACAGUGAGGGUACACUACUAGCAACUGGCUCCUAUGAUGGAUUCGCAAGGAUAUGGACAAAAGAUGGUAACCUCGCCAGUACUUUAGGUCAACACAAAGGUCCUAUUUUUGCAUUGAAGUGGAACAAGAAAGGAAACUUCAUCCUUAGCGCGGGAGUUGAUAAAACUACAAUCAUCUGGGACGCCCAUACAGGGGAAGCCAAGCAGCAGUUCCCUUUCCAUUCAGCGCCUGCCCUGGACGUGGACUGGCAGAGCAACAACACGUUCGCCUCCUGCAGCACGGACAUGUGCAUCCACGUCUGCAAGCUUGGACAGGACAGGCCCAUCAAGACAUUCCAAGGACACACAAAUGAAGUAAAUGCAAUCAAAUGGGAUCCAACUGGCAAUCUGCUGGCAUCGUGUUCAGACGACAUGACCUUAAAGAUUUGGAGUAUGAAACAAGAUACCUGUGUCCAUGACUUACAAGCUCACAGCAAAGAGAUCUACACUAUCAAGUGGAGUCCAACAGGCCCUGGCACCAACAACCCCAAUGCCAAUCUAAUGCUCGCCAGUGCGUCGUUCGACUCGACUGUGCGGCUCUGGGACGUGGACAGAGGGAUCUGCAUCCACACGCUAACCAAACACCAGGAGCCCGUCUACAGUGUGGCCUUCAGCCCAGACGGCAGACACCUGGCCAGUGGCUCCUUCGACAAGUGUGUUCAUAUCUGGAACACACAGACUGGUGCUUUAGUCCAUAGCUACAGGGGAACAGGGGGCAUCUUUGAAGUUUGCUGGAAUGCAGCAGGAGACAAAGUGGGUGCAAGUGCGUCGGAUGGAUCCGUUUGUGUAUUAGAUCUGCGGAAAUAGCGCUGCUUGUUGGAAGCCAUGGACCGACUAUGAAUGUGUACAUAGCCAAAAUGACUGUCCCUGCCCCAUGUACUGCUACAGUCCCUGUUGAACCAUGGCCAGCCACUACAAAAAUAAACAAACAACAAGCACCCUGACCCUGCAGACGAAGAGGAAAACGAUGUGAUUCCAACCAGAGACAUGAAAGGGACUUUUGUGAGACAAAUGGAGGACUAAACAUUAAAAAGAAGAAAAAAAAGGACCCAUAUAUGUACCAAAAUUUGGAAGAUAUUUUACUAUUCGUUCUUCAAAAAACAAUCUCAUCAAAAUAAAAGAAAGGAUUUUAA